AUGAGUACUAAAGCCCUCGUUGUCGGAGCCUCUUUCUUCUCCGGAGUCACGAUCAUCGUGUCCCUUGUUGCCGCAGGAAUGCUGCUUCAGGACAUCAACGAUCUGUACUACGACGUGAUGGAUGACAUGACCGAGUUCAGAGUAAGCAAACACUCCCAAUGUGCCCAUUUUAAAACGGGAUUUCUUAUAGUACACUGCCAACGAAGCCUGGAAGGACAUGAUCGUCCCAGCUGGAUCCGUCGAGGCCAACCUUAUCUUCGGACGUAACAAGAGAUCCGGCGGAACCUGCGGAUGCGGAGCUCAGCCAAACAACUGCCCAGCUGGACCAGCUGGACCUCCAGGAGCUCCAGGAGCCCCAGGAGAUGACGGAACCCCAGGACAGGCCGGAAAGAACGGAGCCAACGGAAUCGGAAUAAUCAAUUCCCAGGACGUCGGAGGAUGCAUCAAGUGCCCAGCCGGAGAGCCAGGACCGGCUGGACCAGACGGACCAGCCGGAGCCCCAGGAGCCGACGGACAGCCAGGAGCCCCAGGAGCCGCCGGACAAGACGGACAGCCAGGAGCCGCCGGAGAGCAGGGAGAUGCUGGAGCACCAGGACAAGACGGAGAGGCUGGACCAGCCGGAGCCCCAGGAAAGAACGGCCAACGCGGACAGGGAGCCCCAGGACCAGCUGGACCAGAAGGACCAGCCGGAUCAGCCGGACAAGACGGAGCCCCAGGAGCCGACGGAGCUCCAGGAAACGCCGGACCAGAAGGACCAGCCGGAGCCCCAGGAAAGGACGGAGAGGCCGGAGCUCCAGGAACCGCCGGAGAAGCCGGAGGUGCUGGACUUCCAGGACAGGACGCCGCCUACUGCCCAUGCCCACCACGCACUGCUGCCGUCGAGUCGCAGCCAGCUUCCCAGGGAGGAUACAGACGCCGCUUCUCGCACGUCUAA